GCGCAGCCGCCAUGUAAGAAGGCAGCCAACACAGCCGGAAGAGCAGCCACGGCCACAACCUCGACCAUUCCGGCCGCAAAACAUCGAAGGAUUGCGGCCGGAACACCGUGUCGAGAUAGCGGCACCAGAACAGGAGGCAUACCAUGUAUGCGACGAACAACUAGUCUGCCGCAACAGCCAUUCAAAACCGUUGCGGCUUGGAAAAUCCACGUGCGGAGAGCCGCAUGCCACAAUCUCGAGACUCUCUGCACGUGNUGUGGCCACGUGGUCAUAUUGCCCUCAGGCGACCUCUCGGCGGCCGACACGAAAGCAAUCAUGGACGAUCACCGAGCCGAGAGGUGCGUCGGUGCCUCCAAGAAGACCAAGGAGGCACGCAUCGCCGCCUCCGAGCGGCUGACGAUCCUGGGCCGCGAUGCCUCGCACAUCGCGGUUCCAGUGGAGGCCGCAGACGAGGCUAGUGUGUCUAAUCCCAGAAAAAGGCACCUAGCCUCCGAGGAGGCGAGGAGGGCAGACCAGUGCUGCUCUUAUAUCAAGAGGUUCAAGGAGGCCCACCCCGAUAUUAUGGCCAUCAUCGGGGUGGAGCAUCAGCUCAACUUCUAA